AUGCGCCACCGCUCCUGGACUUGGUAUGCCUGUGCUGUCUGUUGCCGCCCGUUGCUGCCCGUGCCUGUGCUGCCUGUUGCUGCCCGUGCCUGUGCUGCCUGUUGCCGCCCGUUGCUGCCUGUGCCUGUGCUGCCCGUUGCUGCCUGUUGCUCCCCGUGCCUGUGCUGCCCGUUGCUGCAUGUUGCUGCCUGUGCCUGUGCUGCCCGUUGCCGCCCGUUGAUGCCCGUGCCUGUGCUGCCCGUUGCCGCCCGUUGCUGCCCGUGCCUGUGCUGCCCGUUGCCGCCCGUUGCUGCCCGUGCCUGUGCUGCCCGUUGCUGCCCGUUGCUGCCCGUGCCUGUGCUGCCUGUUGCCGCCCGUUGCUGCCCGUGCCUGUUGUUGCUGCCCGUGCCUGUGCUGCCUAUUGCCGCCCGUUGCUGUCUGUGCCUGUGCUGCCCGUUGCUGCCUGUUGCUGUCUGUGCCUGUGCUGCCCGUUGCCGCCCGUUGCUGCCCGUGCCUGUGCUGCGCGUUGCCGCCUGUUGCUGCCCGAGCCUGUGCUGCCUGUUGCUGCCUGUUGCUGCCCGUGCCUGUGCUGCCCGUUGCUGCCCGUUGCUGCCCGUGCCUGUGCUGCCUGUUGCCGCCCGUUGCUGCCCGAGCCUGUGCUGUCUGUUGCUGCCCGUUGCUGCCCGUGCCUGUGCUGCCCGUUGCUGCAAGUGCCUGUGCUGCCCGUUGCCGCUCUACUGCUGUCCGCGCCCUUGUGCGCUCUGGUCUGCCUGCGCCUUCUCGGAACUCCGCGCGGCAGAAACAUCGCCACCUGGCCCGGAGUCUGACCAACCGUAUUCUGAGGAGCAGGGUAACCCGGGGCUUGGCAACGUCCGUGGAACAACCCCCUCGCCGCUGCAGCUGGCAGAUACUCCCGCAAGGCUAGAGCGUGCAGCGAAGCGGCUUCAACCGCAACAGGUGCGGUGGGGGGCUCAGUGGUCACAGACACGUGAACAUGAGCCGCUGCCCCCGACGCUUCCACCUUCCGCACUGCAUCCGCCACCAUAUUCCCCGCGCGGUCAGCAGUGGAGCCCUGGCCACGACUACCCCCGCCGCGCGCAUAACCAUUCCGCCGCCCACGACGCCCUCCAGAUCCAGCCGACUGAGGACGGGGCGGGGACUGCUCACGGCGGCGAGAAUCCCAACGGCCCACAUGAGCCUCGCGGCCCCGACCCGGAGGCGACGGCCGCGGCGUCCGCUGCGGAGGGGACCGUUCCCGCAGGGAGCGCUUCCCCGGCGACCUCUCAAGAGAGCGGUAGCGGCGGUCGCGAUGCUGAAUUUCCCGCUGAUAUUCGUCCCAUCGCCGCCGAGAGUCAUGCGGCUUGGGGGCGCGACGCGCAGGGGACGCGGGUCGAGAUCCACGACGCUGCGGGGACCGGCCCCGCUCCUAACGCGCCGGCAAGGCAUUUGACGCGACGACUAGGGGAGCACGGGAUUUCUCAGGAGACGCGUGACGAUCCGCCCCGCGCAGCGGAAGAGACAACCCGUGCUCACGGCGGAAGAGACGGCGCACGGGAGCCGACGCAGCAGGACGAGCCUGCACUUGGGAAUGCGGAGGCGCAGGCUCGGGAGACGGUGCUGGCAGCAGUGAGAGAGGAGCUGGCUGCACACAAGGAGGAGGUGGAUGAGCUGCGGCACAUGCUGGCUGUUAUGAGAGAGAGGAAUGACGCGGCUGCUGUGUUGGAGAGGGAGAGAGAGUUCGUAGUAGUGAAGGAGGAGUUGGAAGCAGUGAAGGGGGAGUUGGCAAUGGUGAAGAAGGAGCUGGCAGUGGUGAAGGGGGAGCUGGCAUAA